GAAGGAGUCGUCAUUUCCGUGUUUUCCGUAACGUCUCCUGGCGGGAAUCUCUGCUGAAACUCCGGAGCCAAAGAAGCGGACCGUGUUUGUUCGGUGUGAAAAUGCCCCGGGUGUUGAACGGUAUCGUGGCGGUGUGUCCUGACAUGGGGAUCGGGAUGAACGGAAACCUGCCGUGGCAUCCCGUCAGACUCAAUAAUGAAUUCAAACAUUUCCGAAAGAUGACAUCGACUCCAUCCGUAGAAGGUAAACAGAAUGUGGUGAUCAUGGGCAGGAAGACGUGGUUCUCCAUCCCAGAGAAGAACAGACCUUUAAAUAACAGGAUCAACAUCAUCCUUAGCAGGCAGUGCAAAGAGCCUCCUGCAGGUGCUCAUCACCUGGCUGCAGACUUCAGCUCCGCCCUCAGGCUCGUCGAUACUGAGCUUUCAGACAAGGCCGACCAGGUCUGGGUCAUAGGAGGAACCUCUCUCUACAAGGAGCUGAUGGAGAGCUCGGGGAGCAGGAGGCUGUUUGUCACACGGAUCAUGAAGCAGUUUGAGUGCGACACCUUUCUUCCUGAAAUCAGUCUGGAAAAAUAUCGUCUGCUGCCAGAGUUUCCAGGAGUGCCAAAAGAGCAGCAGGAGGAGAACGACAUCCAGUACAAGUUUGAAGUCUAUGAGAGUAUCGAGCAGUAGAAAGGAAUCAUGGGAGGAGGAUAAGUGAUAAAAACUCUGAUUUCUGUGCUGCUGUGUAGAUUUCUACAGGUCUAUUAACCUGCCGACAGUAUAUGAUUUUAUGAACAUGAAUGCUGAGGUGUCUGCAAACACCUUUCUAGAACAAAUGUCACAAGUUACAGAAUGAAAAGCCAGAGUUUUAGCUCAAAUGUUUGUACCCGAACCACUGUGAAUGAAUAAAGAUCCUUUCGUGUUUUUUGA